AUGCAACUGAGUGACCGGAAACUCUUGCUGCGGCGGUUAAAUCCGGGUGAUCAAUCGGCCACUCAGCAGAGACUUCUCAGUGAUGCGCGUAUCCCCGGCGUCGGCCAGUGGUUUUUCGACCAUGAGACGACACAGGAUUGGCUGACAGGAAACGACGGUCGCGUGCUUUGGCUCCAUGGACCAAGCGCCACUGGCAAGACCUUUAUUACCUCUAAUCUCGUCAGCCAUAUUCUAGAUGACCAGAUCCUACCAAAUACCGCAGCCGCCGUCUACCAUUUUGGUCGGCAUGAGCUGCAGUACAACCUCGCUGACUACAACCUUGCGCUACGCUCAAUCACCAGGCAGCUGGUAUCACAACUUCCGGAGGAAUCUACACUACCAGCCCAAAUCUUGGAGACUAUUGACGAUGGAUUGGGAGAUACCGACAGUACCGUGACUAUACUGCAGAUGCUAGCAUCGGCGUUCUCUAAGAUUAUCAUCAUCCUAGAUGGGGUCGACUCCUCAAAUGAGGCUGGGUUGCGUGAGCUGAUGGGAAUUCUGCUGAAAGAAAAAGCCCAAUUACGAAUAAUGUUGACCAGUCGAGGUCCGCCAUCACGCGCGCUUUCUCACGGCUUUGGUAUCAACACGAUCACAGCCCGCGCUACCGACCAGGAUUUGAGUCUAUAUCACGCCAGAGCUACUAACGAGGCACCUGCCAAUGUAGAGGUGAUGGAUGAUUCCCAUACCAAGCUGUUUCCAUAUCAGAAACUUAUGGACAUGGCUGACGGCCGGUUUCUUCCCAUCAUACCGACUUGGUUCCGCAACAUCGCAUCGCAACCGAACACGGCUUUUCUCAGCCUUGUAGAGUCCUGGUCACCAAACUCUAGUAUUGAUAUCUGCCAAGCCUUUUGCAAAGCUCUGGUCAACGGGAUCGAGACUUCAAAGCAUUCAGACAUGGUCCUCUGCUCGCUUUACUACCUAGUCUACGGCGAGGAAAAUGGAUACGCCUUUAUUCCGUCAAUGCUAUGGGAGGCGCUCAUCGCCUGGGGUAUCAGAGACGAGGACAACACAGUGUUUACUUUGACACAAAUAUCGAACGCGUGUGCCGACUUUGCCUUCAUUGACAGUAAAACGAAGGUCAUAAAGUUACGAUCACCGCUACUGUUGGACUACUUGCGAAAUAAAGUAUUUGACGACAAAUACCACGCACGACACAUCAGGGCGACAUUUCUGUAUUUGACAAGAAGCGACCACGAAGGCGCGUACUCUUAUCUUCAAGCUGCCGAAGCAUGGCCGUACAUUGAUGAAGACAGCUAUGAUGAGUUCGAAGCUGAGGAGGAGAGAUGGCGGUGUUACACGAGAGGAUAUACUCCCCUUCACCUUGCUGCUCAUUUUGGAGCUAGGGAGACACUAAUCCAGUCGCUUGUUGAUCGCGGUGACAACAUUGAGGCUCAGGCGGCGAAUGGACAAACACCGUUACACAUUGCAGCUGAGAUUGGAGAUUCUUCACAUACAGUCAAGCGGCUGUUGGAACACGGGGCUAAUGUCGCUGCAGUUGAUGAAGAUGGGCUGACGCCUUUGGCUCAUGCGAUUGUAUAUGGGAGCUUGGAAUCAGUCAGACUGCUCAUUAGCCACGGUGCAGAUAUCAAUGCGCUAGAUGAGGAGGAUUUAUUAGAAUGCUCUCGCGAGAACCCGGUUAUUGCGGAGUUUUUAGUAGGGCUCGGGGUUGAGAUGCCAGCACGAGAAUCUGAGCCUGAAGAAUAA